CCUACAGCAAUAGUUGCGUUCCUGUAUACAGCUGCAGAUAUGAAGUGUUCACAGUAUAAACGAAAACUUGGGGGCAGUACUACGUACAAAUAUUUUCAAUAAACGUGUGUGCUUAAUAAGUGCUUCUGCUAAUUAGAAGAAAAUGGGUAUUUCUGCAAGUUCAAGUCAAGCAAAUAAAGAAGAGGAAACUAGUGAAAAUGAGGAUAAUAUGUUCCGUUCUAACGAAUCAUUGGACUCAAACUGGUAUCAAAGUAAUCUCCGUAUUGCAUCAGAUAAUGCCGAACAUAGUAACACAGUCACAUAUAAAAAAAUGCUUAACAUGAAGCUCUCAGAGCCGACACUACCGAAGGGUAUGACGUGGAAUUAUGUCAUGAGAAUGCAUGAAAUGGAACAAGCAAAACGAAGAGAAAAUGUUUACGACUUGUCCAAAGAUGCAUAUGUACUACUGUUCCAUAACGAUGAAUUCGAUAACAGUGCUUGUAACCGGCCCGGUAGUGCAAGGGACAUGGAAAAAAUACAGCAAGUUUUGCAACAUUACCGUUGCGAUAAGCUUGAUAUCAAUGAAAACAAGCCUGAAGAAUAUGUACAGCAAAAGAUGACCGAAAUUUCACAAAAAGACUUUACCUCAUACAGCUGCCUGAUCGUGUUCAUCAUGAGCCACGGAAGUGUAAACGAUACAAUACUGGCUUCCGAUGGGAAGUGGUUUUACUUCCAGGAAGAUAUCGUAGACAGAUGCACGUCAAACCGCACAUUGGAUGGUAAACCGAAACUAUUUGUUCUACAGGCUUGCCGCGGAAACGAUCGAAUCGUGGCUGAUGCAAGACCCCCCAGGAGCGAUAAAGUGGAUGUAAUUAUUUUCCAAAGCACAUAUCAAGGUUACGUAUCAUUACGUGAUAUUGAGGAGGGCAGCUUUUUCAUGCAAUCUUUCUUAAGAUUGUUGCAUGAAAAAAACCAGCAAAGCAUCAUCAACAUUAACACCCUGCUUAACCGAGAAUUCAAAGAAAAAAAAAUAGCCCAGGUACCCACAAUGACAGUAACCUUGCGGAGAGACUUGAUAUUUGGUGAACUGCUACGAUAAAUAAUAAGGUUCCUGCUUAAAUAUGCGUAAACAAAAAUUGACAGCCGCGCUUCAAAAUACAAAGCCGCGGCCGUCAAAUCAAAACAUUCGUUCGGUCUCUUGGGACACUUGCAUUGACAUUAGAUGGUUCUUUGGCAUCUUAGAUUCGAUCAAAUAUCGAACCCGUUUAAUGGUUAAAACUACAACUGACUGUUGUCAAAAUAAUUAUUAUAAAUGAAAGUCAACACACGACAAAUAAUUGAAA